CUGUAACGCGGAAUAAAAAAAUGCAGCUCGCGGGUGAAUUGUGAUGCAUAGCGUUAUAAUAACGUUGUGACACUUGUGCGGCUGUUGUGAAGUCUUCACACACACGCCUACACGUGCACGCGCGCCACUACAGUAGGGGCAGCACCUGAGCGCGCGCUGUUAAUUGGUUACCGGUGAACUUUGUGACUUGAUGCACGAACAGCGGAACCGCAGCACGCGCACAUUCAACGACCGGACUGAGCAGCGUAGCGGAAUCGCAUUCCAUUGUUUUCUGUUCGCAGGACACUAAACUAAGCAUGACUGAGAAACGGGUCUCGCGCUGGUACUUCGGCGGCAUCGCCUCGUGCGGAGCGGCGUGUUGCACGCACCCGCUGGACCUGGUCAAGGUUCACCUGCAGACGCAGCAGGAGGUGAAGAUGAGGAUGAUGGGGAUGGCGAUGCAGGUGGUGAAACACGAUGGCGUUCUGGCGCUUUAUAAUGGCCUCAGUGCCUCUCUCCUCAGACAGAUGUCUUACUCUCUGACCAGGUUUGCUAUCUAUGAGACAGUGAGGGACAUGAUGGGCAGUCAGGGGCCGAUGCCCUUCUACCAGAAAGUCCUGCUGGGGGCAUUCGGAGGUUUUACAGGAGGUUUUAUUGGGACACCAGCAGACAUGGUUAACGUCAGGAUGCAGAACGACAUGAAGCUUCAGCCCGAGCUCAGGAGGAACUAUAAGCACGCUCUGGAUGGCCUGUACCGGGUUUGGUAUGAGGAGGGAACAAGGAAGCUGUUCUCAGGAGCCACCAUGGCGAGCAGCAGAGGUGCUCUGGUGACUGUAGGACAGUUGGCAUGUUAUGAUCAGGCGAAGCAGCUGGUGUUGUCCACUGGUUUCCUGGGAGACAACAUUCUCACUCACUUCCUGUCCAGCUUCAUAGCUGGAGGAUGUGCUACAUUUCUGUGUCAGCCGCUGGACGUGAUAAAGACACGACUGAUGAACUCUAAAGGAGAAUACAGGGGAGUGCUGCACUGUUUGUCUGAGACCGCCAAACUGGGACCACUGGCCUUCUACAAGGGUUUAGUUCCAGCAGGAAUCCGAUUGAUCCCUCACACGAUUCUGACCUUCAUGUUUCUGGAGCAGUUGAGGAAGCACUUUGGCAUCCUGGUGAUCAGCUGAGCCCAAGCUCUGACCUUUGACCCUUUGGCCACUCUGGAACAUGUUCUUUUAAACCCACACUUACACUCACACACACACACACACACACUCACACACACACACACACUCACUCCUUAAAGCAAAGGGCAUUAUAUAUAUGAAUAUGCAAAAAAAUGGGAACACACACUGGAACAAACAAAUCAACACUUUUGUGUUUUUGAAGUAUGAAAAGUGUGUGUGUGUGUGUGUGUGUGUGUGGCCUCUGUUGUUAACCAUGAGGGCAUGUCUCAAGCCACAGCAUGUAGACAACAUAGUGUAUUACAACACACCUGUGAAGCUAAUGAUCAGCCUACCACUCGUACACACACACACACACACGCAUGCACACACACAGUGUGGUGUACUGACCAUUUAUUACACUGCAUAAAGUAUUUGCACCCUGUCCUUUAACAGAAAGAUUAUAACCACUGUGCAGAUGUUCCACGACUCGACGAGCCAAAACAAAUCUGCACCAUUUUAAAAGUUCAACCUUCUUCCUAAAAUCUCAGUAAUCUGCUUUCUAGUUUUAUGGUGUUUAAUAAUAAUAAUAAAAAAAAAAAGGAUGAUAUUUCAGCGUAAAGUGUUGCGUUUAAACUGCUUCGAUUCGGUUUUACGUUAUUCUCAAACUGCACCGUCUUCUUUUAUUAGUCCGUAAAUAUUAAAGUUCAGAGACCUUAAAAAUAGACUUUUAUUAACUCCGUCUAUGAAUAUUAGAUAUGAUGCCAUGAGGAAGAAAGAAAUCUGAGGGUUUUUUCUGAUUGGUGCUGAGCUGUGUGUUGAGACUUUCAGAAGAAAACACUAGGCACUACGUUGAUUAUAUUUCACUGAGCAUGAAACACACUUUCAGCCAUAGAUUUGUUUUUGUAAACAUUUCUAUGAAUAAUUUCAUUUAUUAGCUUAUUAAUUUAUUAUUAAUGAUCAGUUUGAUGCCUGAUUGACUCACUGAUCCUGUAAUCAAUACUUUUAGCUGCCUGACAUAACGGACUACAGUCAGUAAUCACAGACCUACAGAAUCAGUAGCUGAAUAUUGAGAUUUUAUCCUGAAGCUGAGUGUGAGUCAGAGCAAAGAUUUAUUUCAGGUUUAUUUAAAAUGAAAAGACACAAAUGAAUCAUUCAGAUUCAGAACUGGAUCAGUUUCUUCACUGCAUCUGUAAUUUCGUUUAUCAAGUACUUGACUAAAGACGUUUACUAUAAUUCCAGCCUUCGUGGGUUUGACGCCGAUAUUAAACCGGUUUAUUUGAUGUGUGUGAAUGUGGAUCAGCUGUAAGAUCAGGACCAAUCUGUACUGGAGAAUGAAUUAAUUUUCAAUAAUGCUGUAUGUUAAAUACACAGGAAGUGACGAAUGUGACGUUUUCCUGCCAGGCUGCUCAGUGCUGAUGGUUUACCUGAAACUGUAGAUAAUUUAGUGACUAAAUCUGUACUAAUGAGAAUGAUCUUUAUUCUGUUCGUGUUUAAACUAAAGAUACAAAAUGUAGAGAAUUUUAAUUUUUGCAUUAAAGGAAAGAGUUUAUUGAAAAAUGUU